CUCGGUCCCUCCCCGGCGCCUCCCGCAGCGGCGCGGCUGCCGGGUCCCUCCCAUCCAAGAUGGCGGAGAGCCUCCCGGAGCAUGAUCGGAUCCUGCAGGAGAUCGAGAGCACCGACACGGCCUGCGUCGGGCCCACCCUGAGGUCUGUAUACGAUGACCAACCAAAUGCACAUCAGAGGUUUAUGGAAAAACUUGAUGCCUGCAUACGUAACCAUGACAGAGAGAUAGAAAAGAUGUGCAAUUUUCACCAUCAGGGCUUUGUGGAUGCUAUCACAGAACUUCUUAAAGUUAGAGCUGAUGCAGAAAAAUUAAAGGUCCAAGUUACUGAUACCAACCGAAGGCUUCAGGAUGCUGGGAAAGAGGUGAUAGCCCAAACAGAGGAAAUCAUCCGAUGUAGAGUUCAGCAAAGGAAUAUUACAACAGUUGUGGAAAAACUACAGUUGUGUCUUCCAGUGCUGGAAAUGUACAGCAAACUAAAAGAACAGAUGAAAGUGAAAAGAUAUUAUUCUGCUUUGAAGACAAUGGAACAACUAGAAAAUCUGUAUCUUCCCAGAGUUAGCCAAUACCGAUUUUGCCAAAUAAUGAUAGAAAAUCUUCCCAAAUUACGUGAAGAAAUAAAAGAAAUUUCUAUGUCAGAUCUGAAGGAUUUCUUAGAGAGUAUUCGAAAGCAUUCUGACAGAAUUGGGGAAACUGCAAUGAAGCAGGCACAACAGGAGAAAACCUUUAGUACCACUCUUCAGAAGCAUAAUAAUGUAAACUAUGGUCGGAAUAUGCAUUUAGGUAGAAGCAGAAUUUUGGACUCUAAGAAUGAAAUGACAUUGAAGCGAACGUUUGAAGAAGAUGAUGAUCAUGAUGAAGAGGUUUUAACUGCUCAAGAUCUUGUGGAUUUUUCUCCAGUCUAUAGAUGUUUGCACAUCUACUCAGUUUUGGGUGAUGGAGAAAUAUUUGAAAAUUACUACAGAAAGCAAAGAAGGAAACAGGCAAGACUAGUUCUGCAGCCACAAUCAAGCAUGCAUGAAACAGUAGAAGGCUAUAGAAGAUACUUCAGUCAAAUUGUAGGUUUCUUUGUAGUAGAAGACCAUAUUUUACAUGUAACCCAAGGACUGGUUACUAGAACUUAUACUGAUGAACUCUGGAACAUGGCUCUUUCAAAGAUCAUUGCUGUUCUUAGAACACAUUCGUCAUAUUGCAAUGAUCCUGACCUUGUUCUGGAACUGAAGAAUCUCAUUGUGGUAUUUGCUGAUACUUUACAGGGUUAUGGUUUUCCUGUGAAUCGACUCUUUGAUCUUUUAUUUGAGAUAAGAGACCAGUACAAUGAAACACUUCUUAAAAAGUGGUCUGGAUUGUUCAGGGAUAUUUUUGAAGCAGAUAACUACAGCCCUAUUCCUGUGGCAAAUGAAGAGGAAUACAAAAUAGUCAUAAGCAAAUUUCCUUUUCAAGAUUCAGAACUUGAUAAGCAAUCCUUUCCAAAGAAGCUCCCAAUGUCUCAGUCAGUGCCUCAGAUAUAUAUCCAGGUUAAGGAAUUCAUUUAUGCAAGCCUUAAGUUUUCAGAAUCGCUUCACCGCAGCUCAACAGAAAUAGAUGACAUGCUUAGAAAAUCGACAAAUUUGCUGCUAACAAGAACUCUCAGUAGUUGUUUACAGAACCUAAUUAAGAAACCUCAUAUAGGUUUAACAGAGCUUGUUCAAAUCAUCAUAAACACAACACACCUGGAAUUAGCCUGUAAAUACCUUGAGGAUUUUAUCUCUAACAUCACAAACAUUUCGCAAGUGACUGUUCACACUGCAAGGCUGUAUGGACUUUCUACAUUUAAGGAUGCAAGGCAUGCUGCAGAAGGAGAAAUAUAUACAAAACUAAACCAAAAAAUAGAUGAAUUUAUUCAGAUUGCUGACUAUGACUGGACAAUGUCUGAAUCAGAUGGAAGAGCCAGUGGAUACUUAAUGGACCUCAUUAACUUCUUAAGAAGCACAUUUCAAGUUUUUACUCAUCUACCUGGAAAAGUGGCCCAGACAGCUUGCAUGUCAGCCUGCCAGCAUCUUUCAACAUCUCUAAUGCAGAUGCUACUGGACACUGAACUAAAACAAAUAAGCAUGGGAGCAAUUCAGCAGUUUAAUUUAGAUGUGAUACAGUGUGAAUUGUUUGCUAGUUCUGAGCCUGUGCCAGGAUUCCAGGGAGACACCCUGCAGUUAGCUUUCAUCGACCUCAGACAACUCCUGGACCUCUUCAUGGUGUGGGACUGGUCCACCUACCUGGCCGACUACGGGCAGGCCACCUCCAAGUACCUGCGGGUCAACCCCAGCACGGCCCUUACGCUCCUGGAGAAAGUGCACAGAGGAAUGAGAGACUCUAGCAAAAAGAACAACAUUUUUGCUCAGUUCAGGAAGAACGAUCGCGACAAGCAAAAGCUGAUUGAGACUGUGGUGAAGCAGCUCAGGAGCCUGGUGAAUGGCAUGUCCCAGCACACAUAGGCCUGCUGCUACAGAACUGAUCCUUACCAUGCCAAGAGGUAUUUCAGAGCCACUCAUUCUGCCCAGCAGUGCUCUCAGUUGGGACAUUUAUUUGACUGGGUAAAGGAAAAGUGCAGCCCAUGGCAGAGACAUGGGGCCCUCAGCAAAUGUUCUUCGUAUGAAUUUUUAACGGAUCGAAAACUAUUUUGUAUAUUGUAAACAAAUGGUGAAAAAUGAGACUGUACAAUAAAACCAGCUCUAUCACAUUGAACGUGGGGCAGCUGAACUGUAAAUACAUUAUUUAAGUGUCUGCAGACAAGAUGUUUGCAGUGUUGCUCUGGGCAGGAAUUAUCUGAGUAAUGAUCCCUUUAUUGCUGGUUCCAGGAUGAAUCCUAAUUUAAUGUGUUGGGUUUUUUGUUCUGCUUUCUUUUUUCUUUUUUCUUUUUCUUUUUUAAGUGCUGAGAUCCCCGCAUUCAGAUACUGCCUGUCAAUUUCCUGCAUUAAAUGUAUGGUAGCCUUAAGGUGAUCGGACAUCAUUUUGUAUACUGAAUUUUGUAGUCUGGAGGUAUGAGAAAAUCUUCCGAUUUUUGGUACCUUUGAGAACUCCCCAAGCACUAGGCUUGGUUUUAUUUAGUGUUAGGACUUUUAGGCUCUGUUCUCUGAAAGAGUUUAAUCUUGAGUUUCUGAUUGUAAAUAACCAUCUGAGUUCUUUAUAAUGUGACUUUCUGGGUUCUGUUCCUCAGGGUGACCAUUUCUAACCGUACUUUUUAAGAUCCUGGGCUCUCCCCAGGGCGCGGUAAGGAAUAGAUUUGCCGCUGUUGGUUCUGUGCUGCCUGUGUUGGUCCGAACGCCCCAUCCCAGCAAGGAGUGCCCCAGGCCAGGCACUGUGCACUGUCACCUCCUGGCAAUUUUAGACAUGGGGAGAAUGUCUAACAGAUACAAACCAAAUGUAAAAAUAAUGUACAUUUCGCUGUAUUUUUAAGUUAUUGACCGUCUAAAUACAGUAAUAUAAACCUUA